CCAUCUCCUGCCCCUACUGAUCUCCUGAGUCCCGCAACAUGGCGACCACCCAACACUACAUUUGGGCCGCGGGCCACUUCAUACUCCUGAUAUCCGCGUUCCGGUACUUGUUCGCAAGUUUCAUGUUCCGGGGCCCUUCUGCGUGGUGGUAUAAAACUAGCUUCGCCGGCGCUAUCGUCAGCUAUGCUAUCGUUUGUCACAAGGCUCUCGGAACUCCCUCUCCGAGUGGAGCUUGGAUCAAACGUGCUCUGGUUGACGAGAAUGUUCAAUAUCUCCUCCUCGCCUUCUUCUGGUGGUCGUCCAGACCAGUCGCUAUCGCCCUUGUCCCCUAUGCGAUCUUCUCGUUGUUCCACGCUCUGACCUUCACUCGUACGACUUUGAUGCCUCAAUUCCUGCACUCUGGUGCUCCUGCCACUGCCGGAGGCCCGCCCACCCCUCACCCGCUUGCGAAGAAACUGCAGCUUUGGGUCAAAUCGAACUACGAUGGUGCUAUGAGGGCCGUCGCAUACACCGAGCUCGUCAUCCUUGCACGCGUCAUCAUCGGCGCCCUCACCUUCCAGAAUUCGCUCCUCACUCCUAUUCUUUACGCCCAUUUCCUCCGCCAACGCUACUACCAGUCCGUGUUCACCCGUGACUCCAUCACAGUGGUGAACGCUCGCAUCGACGGUUACGUCAAGAAGCCGGGCGCUCCCCCGGUGCUGGCGUCCGUCUGGACGCAGUUCAAGGCCAUCCUGAGCCGGUGGGCGGGCUCCACCCUGGCGCCCCAGCAGCCCGCGCCCGCCGCUCGGUAGAUGACGGAAAGCGCAGCCCGACCAGUUCCCAUUUCCUCCUGCGUCGUGAUCGAGACGUUGAACUCUUUAAGUCGAUGGUUGCUGCUCCACCUAAAUCUAGUUUUUGUUGUUCAACGAAUAAAGCUCCUGCUGUCAAGUUCGCACUCGCAUAUCUUGAACGAGCCCUUGUACAGCUUCUACUCAGUUAC